AUGCCCUCGCCGCCCACCACGACUACUAAUGACUUCGACAAGCAAGAUGUAGCCGACGACAGAGCCUCCUUCCCUGAGGCAUCUUUGGCAUUCCGUGCCCACAAUGCCAGUGUCAGCGUAGAGGAAGAGCAGAAGCUGCUCCCGAAUUCUUCAGUGGCCACACGGCCCAUCCUGGCGCCAGGCUUCCCCUCCACAGCCCGCCGGCCAUCUUUCAUCGAUGAGGAAGACGACCCAUUUACCAUUACCACGGGGGUGGCGACAGACAACCCUUCCGAGUACUCGACCAAAGAGGCCCCGGAGGCCCCGGUGACAUGGAUGUCCCUCCCUAAGAAGGGCCAGUUGGCCAUCCUCACUUUUGCCAGGCUGUCAGAGCCUCUCACCGAACGAUCGCUCGCUGCAUACCUGUUCUAUCAAUUGCGCUCUUUCGACCCGAGCCUGCCCGACAGCACCAUCGCCAAACAGGGCGGGAUGCUCACGGCGUCUUUCGCAGCCGCGCAGUUCCUCACAGCAGUCUGGUGGGGUCGAGCCGCCGACACGCCUUGGAUAGGUCGCAAACGGGUUCUUCUCGUCGGCUUGUUCGGCACGUGCAUCAGUUGUGUCGGCGUGGGCUUCUCGACUUCCUUCGCCCAGGCAUUGUUCUUUCGCGCCUGCGCUGGAUGUCUGAACGGGAAUGUCGGGGUGAUGAGGACCAUGAUCAGCGAGAUCAUCAAGGAAAAGAAAUACCAGUCCCGCGCUUUCAUUCUGCUACCCAUGUGUUUCAAUAUCGGCGUCGUAAUUGGGCCCAUCCUCGGCGGCUUCCUCGCAGACCCCAUCCAGUCAUUUCCCCACGUCUUCGGCCCAGGAUCGCUGCUAGGCGGGAAGAACGGUGUGCAAUGGAUGCAAUCCUUCCCCUACGCGCUACCCAACGUGAUCAGUGCAUGCCUGAUUCUCAACUCGGCCUUCUGGCUCGUCCUCGGCCUGGACGAGACACAUCCGGCCCUCAGAAGUCGACCGGACCUCGGGCGGAAACUGGGCAAAUUCCUGUUUCGGCUUGCCUUUCGCCGCGGCCAGAGAACAAUGGACGAUUACGAGUACACCCAACUUCAAGAUGAGGCUGACUCGCGAGCGUCAGGAGACGACCAGCACUCUUUUACCUCCUCUCCACGAGGCAGAGACGCCGAAUCAUCCAGGCCGAUCCCGGAUGCCGAUGGCCAUCGCAAUGCGCUCGCCGCCUCCAAGCCCAGCUUCCGGCAGAUGUUGACGAAAAACGUGGUCCUGACGCUGCUGACGCACCACAUCCUUGCACUGCACCUCAGUGCCUUCAACGCCUUGAUCUUUCUUUUCUUGCCGGCCCCACGCUCGUCCAACGUGCACGCCAAACUCCCCUUCUUGUUCACCGGCGGCCUCGGCCUGUCGCCGGAGCGCGUCGGGCUCGCCACCGCCAUCAUCGGCGUGCUCGGAUUCCCGCUGCAGAUCUUACUGUACCCGACCAUCAACUCCAAGCUGGGCACGCUGCGCAGCUACAAGGUCUUCCUGCCCUUCUCGCUGGUCGCGUACGCCGCCAUCCCGUACCUGGCCCUAGUGCCCGACCGUGCGUUCUUGGUCUGGCCCGCCCUGACCCUCGUGCUGGCCUUCCAGGUGCUCUCGCGCACAUUCACGCUGCCGAGCAACACCAUCCUCGUCAACAAUUGCACCCCGCACCCCGGCGUGCUAGGCACCAUCCACGGCGUCGCCCAGAGCGUCUCUUCCGGCGCCCGGACCCUCGGCCCCACCCUCGGCGGAUGGUUGUUGGGCUUGGGUCUGGGUGGAAACUGUGUCGGCGGCGUGUGGUGGGCCUUUGCUGGCGUGGCCGUGGUGAAUUGGGCUUUACUCUGGUUCAUUUUCGAGGGCGAUGCCGGGGCUGCGGUCGCGGCAGCUGCUGGAGUGGUGGGAAGAUGA